UUGCAAAGCUUCAUUCCUUCUUCCUCUCCUUCCGCUCAGACGCUAUUCUGCUAAUUCUCUCUCUUUGCACUGUGCUGAACAAUGGCAGAGCAUCCGUCCAACCGUACGAAGAUCGUCCAGAUCGUAUGUGCCAUUCUGUGGUGUCUCUUUGCUGCUGGCCCAGUGUUCGGGUUUGCUGCUCUGAAGCCUAUCCUGAUUGCUGAAGGGAUCUACUCUGAGCUCUGCUCAGAGACUGCUGGUGCCUGUAUCGCACAGGACCUGAAGCUGAAUAAGAUGUUUACCGUUGCCGCCGUGGUGACCAACGUUGCCGCCCUGUUAGUUGGUAACAUUCUGGACCGUAAGGGCCCUCGUGUGUGUGGGCUCAUUGGGAGUGUUUGCAUCGCCCUCGGUGCGCUAUGCCUGUCAGGGUUCUUUGGCUUCAUCGGUGACCCUUACAUCACCGGCUAUGUGCUGAUGGCCCUUGGUGGUCCAUUCGUGUUCAUCUCCAGCUUCCAGUUGGCAAACUCGUUUCCCCGUUAUAGCGGUAUGAUAUUGGCCUUGUUGACGGGUGCAUUCGAUACAUCCUCUGCGGUGUUCCUGUGCUACAGACUCGUUUACCAGAACGUUGUGGAGAUCGGCUUACACACUUUCUUCACUGUUUACCUCGUUGUGCCAUUGUUCAUCUUCCUGUGUCAGGUGUUUAUUAUGCCACAUGAAUCUUACAAGACAUUGGGAUCCGUGCAGAAGUUGGUGAUUGAAGGCUUGGAUGAAAAUGGACAGCUCGUUGAUGGUGACGAUGGUAGUGGUAUCAUUCCAGAUGUGGAUGAGCGUACCUCGUUGCUUUCAGCAAAUGCUGCCGAGAUUGGUGGUACUUUGACUACGAGUCUGACUCCUGACGGCUCAAGACGUAAAUCCGUCUAUGAGGAGUACGUUGAACAUGAGUUGACUCAAAAGUCCGGUAACAUAUUUGGUAUUCUUGAUGGUGAGCCUGUGAAAACCCAAUUGAAGUCGCCAUUCUUCAUCUUGAUGUGUCUCUUCACCACUGUGCAGAUGAUUAGAAUCAACUACUUUGUUGCAACAGUUAGAUCCCAAGAGGAGUACCUCGUUGGUCCAGAAUCCGCACUGAGAUUGAACGGAAUCUUUGACAUUGCUCUACCUAUGGGUGGUGUUAUUGCUAUCCCAUUCAUCGGAUUGAUCUUGGACAACUUUCAAACAGUAACGGUGCUGAACAUUCUUUUGUGUGUGUCUCUCUUCAUCGGUGUCAUGGGUAUCGUAAAGAGCUUUGUACUCAACCUCCUCGGUAUUCUCGUCUUGGUUGUGUAUAGACCCUUCUACUACACAUCAGUCUCUGAUUACAGUGCAAAGGUGUUCGGUUUCACAACGUUUGGUCAAGUCUACGGCCUGUUGAUGUGCAUCAGUGGUAUCUUCAACUACGCACAGUCUUACUUCGACCUGUACACAAAGAAGUAUCAAAACAAUAACCCAAUCCCUGUGAAUAUCUUCCUUGUGAGCUUGACAGUGGUUUUCGGUCUCAGUCUGUUAACAUACAUCACCAAAGAGUCUAAGAACAUUGAUAGAAAGAAGUUAGAAUCGGAGGCUGAAAGAGCACCAGUCCUUGAGCUGCCUCAUUGAUCUUGUACAGAGUCUGUUAUACAAACCACACGUGGUGAAGUCACAUAGUCAUUAAUCUCUAGUCAUUACAUCUAUAUAAAAUAAUCUAGUUCGAUUGGUAUUCCGAAUGUAUUUCAUCCACAGGGUGUAGCUUCACAGAGUUGUACAAAUCACCAAUAAACAGCACGAGGUUGACGAACACCGGUGUUGGAAGAGCACGACUCAAGAUCAAGAAUACAUUGGUUGGGAUCUUCUCUCCAACAUCAAAUCUCCUUUCAGCUAGUGCAUCAACUGUGGGCUUUAAGAACUGCUUAAGAAGGUCCACCUUAGGUAACUGCACCCGCUGGUUCUUCUUAAGCGAUGAAGCACCAACAGAGCUCGUAUAGUCACGCAAAGAGUUCAAAUUCUCUUUGUACAGCGACAAGUGCUUCCAGAUCUCC